AUGCUGAAGAAGAAGACCUUGGCGCCUGCCUUCUUCUGGAACUUUUCCCCGACCACCACGCCUGAACUGUCCCCAACCUCGUCGGACAGUGACUCCGACGAGGAUAUGGAUUCUUCUGGCUCCCGACCGGUCAGCCUGGCCGUUCCGGCGGGAGCCUUUUGUCCGAUGCGCCCGACUCUGAACGAUGUAUUGGCAAAUACCGCCCCGCCCCCAUAUACCCUGAGCGCCUUCAUGGCCUACCUCUCUCAAAAUCACUGUCUCGAGACCCUCGAAUUCACCAUGGAGGCGAAGCGCUACCGUGAAACAUAUACCGCGCUGGUCGAUCGACUGGGCCCCACCGCCGUGACAACCAAUACUACCGAAGCUCAACACUUGCAGAUGUUAUGGCAGCGAUUGUUAAUGGCGUAUAUCUACCCCGGUGCACCCCGAGAGAUCAACCUCUCCAGUGAAGUCCGGGAUCCUCUUCUCAACUAUACCGAGGGCUCUAUUCCGCCAGUUCCCGAGACUCUUGACUCCGCUGUCAAGCGUAUCCACGAACUGAUGGAGGAGUCAAUCUUCCUUCCCUUUCUUAACAGCCACACCACCUCUCCGUCCGUGUAUCCCACUGAGCCACCCUUCCCUGCCGAUGAAUUGAACCUGUCCACUACAAGCCUGGACGAGCACCCAAUGAAGCGAGUACUUUCUCGAGCAAAGCGUAUCUCGCCCCAAUCAUCGACAAAGGAUCUCCCCGGAACCCUGAGCCGUGGAACGAACUCCCUCGGUGCGUUACAUGCUAUCAGCAAACGUACUUCGGGUGCUCUCCUCAGUACGAGCAGCGACCUCAUUGGUGCAGCCUUAACCGACGACUCAAGCCCCUUGUCUAGUCCGACAGCAGAGGAACCCAUGACACCACCUACCACCCCUCCAGCCAGCGAACCUCAUCUUCCCAUGCACAGCCCCAAGCUGCGUACCGAAAACCCCUGGAAGAAGAUGGGUAUGAAGCUGGGCUUCAAAAAGCGGUCCGGUGGUGCUGGUACUACUCGUGAUCCUAAAAUUCUUGGUCUAGACGACUAA